UCGGUACAAUGCUGCAACGCUGACAGACUACAUUCUUUUACGCCUGUCACGUCCUAUUCAUCCGCCUAUAUCAGUCCUUGCCCCGCCCAAGAACACGCCCAUACACUCCGUGCUACAACGGGCUCCGCCCAUACGUCACGUGCAGCAGAGGACUGCUGGGAGAUGUAGUCUGACAGUAUAGGCACAUGAACACACGUGGGGCUCCCGGUUGAUCCCUCCCUCUGUCUGCCGGUAGUUGAAGCCUGUGAGAUGACGUCACUGGGACUGGAAUACAGAAUGUGUGUAUGAAGGUGUAUAAUCUAAAUUAAGCAAGAUGAGCCUGUAUCGGUUACCUCCUUUGCCAACCAUCAAGGAAAUUAUAAAGCUUUACAAUUUAAGAGCACAAAAACAACUCUCUCAGAACUUUUUGCUGGACUUAAAACUUACAGAUAAAAUUGUCAGAAAGGCAGGAAAUCUGAAAGGAGCCUAUGUAUGUGAGGUUGGCCCUGGACCUGGUGGCAUUACAAGAGCUAUUCUGAAUUCUGGCGUUGAAGAGCUUCUGGUGGUCGAAAAGGACACCAGAUUUAUUCCCGGACUUAAGAUGUUAAAUGAAGCAUCUUUUGGGAAACUGAAAUUUAUUCAUGGUGAUAUACUUACAUACCGAAUGGACAGAUCAUUUCCGAAGCAUUUAAGGAAGGAAUGGGAAGAUGAUCCACCAAAUGUACAUAUUAUUGGCAAUCUCCCAUUUAAUGUCUCAACUCCUUUGAUUAUUAAGUGGUUUGAAUCAAUUUCAGAAAGAACAGGGCCAUUUUUUUAUGGCAGGACACAGAUGACAUUGACUUUCCAGCAUGAAGUUGCAGAGAGGAUGAAAGCUUCGGUUGGCAGUAAACAAAGGAGUAGGCUGUCUAUCAUGUCUCAGUACCUUUGUGAUGUAAAGCAUUGUUUUUCAAUUCCUGGUCGUGCCUUUGUUCCUAAACCUGAGGUUGAUGUCGCUGUUGUACAUUUUACACCCUUAAUACAGCCAAAAAUUGAGCAGCCAUUCAAACUUGUAGAAAAAGUAGUCCAGAGUGUUUUCCAGUACAGAAGAAAGUACUGCCACCAUGGACUUUCAUUACUAUUUCCAGAAGACCAGCGUAAAGAACUCACUAGCAAAACUCUAAUGUUGGCUAAUGUUGAACAAACAUUGCGACCAACAGAACUGACGAUUAAACACUUCCGUGAUUUAUGCUGCGCAUACAGAGAACUGUGCGACAAGGAUCCUGAACUUUUUUCCUAUAACUUCCGAGAAGAGCUUCGUCAGAAAAGGCUGAAAAUAAACCCCGGGUUAAUUAAAGAAGGGGAAAUCAUAACAGAAACAGUAUGAAAACUUAGGACUGCGCUCACAAUAGAUGCUCUUUUUUUAUUUUUUUUUAUAGGGUUUCUCACUGCAUUUAAAAAUAUGUGCUGAUCCUCAAAAGAAAGGUCAUUGAACUCAAAUAUGUUAAAAAUAUACAUAUUGUUCACAAUGGCGACGUCUUCAAUACCGGGAAGUCUAUUCCUCUAAAUGCUUUAUAUGCUGACCUUUGAUGGAGGCAUUCUGUAACUAAAGAUAUUGAUUGUGCAUGUUGUCACAUUUUUUUUUUAACAGUUUUUGUUAUCUUGUUUUCGGAUAAAGUUUCUAUAUAUUUAACCCUU